AUGCAGCUCGUCAUUCGCCCUUUCCUGCGUACCAUUCCCAGUCCACGGUCCUUUGUCUCUACAGUUCUUCUGAAUCGUCCUUUGGAUCAGCUCACCGUCGCUGAUCUCAAGAAGGAAGCACGUUCUCGCGGUUUAUCCCCUACAGGAAACAAAGCGAACCUAUUGCUGCGUAUUCAAGACCACGAAAAAAGCCUGUCCUCUAGUGCCAUUCUUAGUCAAGGCUCGUCUUUCGCUGAAGCACCAGCGCCUGGUAUUCCCGCAGCAAAAGCUCCUGCGACUUUUGCUCCAGAACGAUUUCAUGUCAUAAUACCCGAUGCGUCUUACGAAGAGCCAGAACCUCCCAUUCAAGUUCCUUACGUUCCAGACUUCUGGAGUUCCUCGAGCCAGGCACCAGCAGAGGUAGCUGAAGGCGAGGAAAAUAUGCCAAAGUUGAUUGUGGUGGCUGGUACGGAGACACAUGCAGCUGGCGGGCCUUCACACAUGCUGUUGGACGCGUUGGACGAGGCUACUCCAUCAGCCGAAGAGACCCCAUCAUCACAAAAGACGGAACCGUCAAUACAACCUGGAAAGGGAGGUCUACUAGACGAUAUGGCGGAAGACCUCGGGCUUCCUUACCCUAACGAAAUCAAGAAGUCGUUCUGGAAAUUUUUUUCUUGA